AUGGACUCGAAGCGAGAGAAGGACCAAGCGCAGGGCCAUGCUGCUGUGCCUCAUCAACAGGGAGGGAAAAGGAAAGAUGUUUUCUCAUGCACGGUGUGGAUUGUUUCAGAUGCAGACUGUGAGAAGAUAACUGCCCUGCUGCUCAAGUCACGCACCGGAGAGUUUGAUUUGGAGUCCAUUCUGUUUCUCAAGCUGAGAGGUCUUGGUGUGCACGAUCUCGGGUGUAUUGGGGAGUGUACAAGUCUGGAGAGGUUGGACCUAUCUGGGAAUAAUAUUAGUAAUUUAGCACCUCUGGCUUCUCUUCGGAUUCUGUCUGUGUUGAAUUUAUCUGCUAACAGGAUUUCCAAUUUAGAGCCGCUGCGUAGCUGUGAAAGUUUACAGAAUUUAAAUGUGGCUGGUAACGUAAUAUCCAGUGUUGAGACCCUACAUUGCCUUACUUCCUUGAGAAAGCUGGAAAACAUACGUCUGAAAGACAACACCUACAAUUUCACUAACCCGGUUUGCAGGAACACAUCUUACAGGGCUGUAGUGCUUGAGAUGUUCCCCAGCAUCAAGGUGCUGGAUGGUGAAAGAGUUGUGGGACGUGGAAGUGACUUGUACCAGUUAUGCAAAGACAUUGAUGAGACCAUUAAAGCUGGCUCGUACAAGAAUGGACAGCUCAUUGAACAGCCUGACUGCAAGCCCUGGGUAGAAGAUACUUACUGGGAAAUAAAGAGAUCGAGCAAUGCCAUUAUCGAAGAGGCCUACAAGCAAUUUAAUGAUGUUCUUCAUGAAUGCAGACUCCUCAACAACAGAGCCACACAUGUGAUUUCACAAACUGAAAGAUCCAUGAGCCUAAAGAAGCAACCAAAGCAAUACGCCAUAUGAGUUGGGCUAUUUCCCACGCUCGGGUGUGCAGUAUUUAGAAACUUUUUUCAUUGUGCAAAUUACCAUGGCUGAUGUACUGUAGCUUUUUCAAGAAAAACCACAGAAUAUCAAAAUGCUUGAUAUUUCCAUUGCCUGGAACACAUGCUCUGUGUUGCAGUGUGUGACAUUUGCUGUAACUAUAUGCAUCCUAUGCAUUUGUUAUCAGAAAAAAUGUGGGUGGUUUGAAAAAACUUUAACCAUGCUGAACACCAUUCGGUGUGGUUCAAAGAUGUCUUAACUUGCUCAGUAUGCAUUUUGUAUAAUGCUGUAGCCUGUGUUAUGCUGACAGCUCUGCUGCUUUUAAAGAUUUAUAUAGGUCUUUGGUUAUUAAGAGCUCUUUUUUCCAUUUAGCAUUUCUU